AUGUCUCCCUUACUGAACCUUCAUCGAGCGUUAAUCCGCUAUGCACCUUGUCGUGCAAAUUCGUCGAAGGAAAAGUGGGCUCAAGUUUUGAAAUGUCUAUUUUGUGGAGGCGUACCUCGGGCCAUCGUUCCUUUGUGCCCCUGCAUCCCUGGCAUUGCAUGCGUCGCAUGCCUCAUUACUCGACUGUUAGCCUGCACGGGUCCAGUUCAAGACUUUUGUGGUCGAGGCCACACAGUGGCUGUCAUGGACCUUCAAGUUGCCAGAGGGCUCUACCGCUAUACUUGCUUCAUCGGUGCACCGGCCGUGGACCAAUCCAAUGGGAAGAAGAUGGAGAACCGAGGAGCGGUUUUAUGGAAACGUGCACAAGAGAGCUAUGGGAUGGCAAUCAAACAUUACAUUACACUGGUUCACCGAGAUGACGACUAA